AUGAAGGCAGUUUCAUCGGUAAUGGCAGUAGCCGGUAUCCUGGUCAUUAUAAGGGAGCUACGUGAUGCAGCAAGUAUGUCUUCCAAGGCGCUCCACUGCGAACAUAAUCAUAGUUCCCAUGGUGGAAUGCACCAGCAUCAGUAUUCUACCGCCACGACGACGACGAGUCGACGAUUGAUACCUGAGGAAGAUGAGAAGGGUGAUCCCCCGUUGUCGCCAACGCUUGCUACCGCCGAUGCGCCGACAGAUAAACCAAUAGAACCAGCACCACCACCACCACCACUACCGAUUGUUCCUCAAGUUGAUUCCUCCACUGGAAAGGUCUUUGAUGGAAACAAGAUUCGUGAGUUCACACUGGCACGGGCCAACCUACGUCAGACGACAUCCCAAGAUUUGCCAUUCGAAAAUGAUUUCAAAGACAAAUGCACCAAAUGGGGUGUGGUGACCACCAUUUUUGAUCCGACUGAAGCUAUUUCGAGAGUCUCCAAGUUGCCCGAGUGGUGCUGUGUUGUGGUGGCCGAUACCAAAACACCAACCAAUUACAUGGAAACCUUUGAAACCAUGGGCGGAGCUAUUGAAUCGACCUUCUUUUUUUCUGAGGAACGUCAAAAAACAUGGGAACAAAUGGAGGGACCCAUUGGGGACUUUGUCCGCACCAUGCCCUGGAGGCACUUUGGACGCAAGAAUUUGGGGUACUUGUUUGCGAUUCUCCAUGGCGCCGAAUUCUUUUUUGAUUUUGACGACGACAAUUACAUCAAGUUGGACGAUGACUCGGGAUUGCCAGUGGAAAUUCUUCCAUCCACUACUACGUUGGAGAAUGUGACGGUACCGAUGCUUGGACCGACAGCCUUUAACCAUCACCCACUCAUGAAACCAUCGAUUCCUGCUCCCUCGUGGGCCCGCGGGUUUCCAUUGGAGUACAUCAAGGACGAAGCCACCCAAGGAAGCCCAGCCUUUACAGAGCCCAUGCCAUUCGUUUCCAGAUCCAACUCCAUUGGUGUGAUUCAGUUCUUGGCUGAUGGAAAUCCAGAUGUCGAUGCCAACCAUCGAUUGAUGCGUCCACUACCGGUGACCUUUGACAAUACCCAAGAUGCGACCAACGUCGCCGUGCCGAAACAUGCCUAUAGCCCCUACAAUGCACAAGCUUCCAUUCAUACCCAACCUGCACUGUGGGCAACCUUGCUUCCCACCACGGUCCCGGGCCGUGUGUCGGAUAUUUGGCGCUCCUACUUUGCCCAGUGCAUCUUUGCCGACGCGGAUUUGCGUCUAGUCUUUGCACCCCCCAAGAUUGAACAAAUACGAAACGAUCACAACAUUUUGGGAGAUUUGACGGCGGAACACGACUUGUACACCAAGAGUGGCAAACUGAUUGACUUUUUGUCCGAAUGGGACUCUCCAGAACUUGCACUUCCACAACGAGUGGAGCAGCUAUGGAUUGAUUUGUACGAACGAUCCUACAUUGAGGUGGGGGACGUCGUGGCAAUGCAAAAAUGGCUCGAAGCAUUGAUCACCAUGGGGUAUCAAUUUCCAGACCUAAAGCCUCGCAUUCGUAAUGUGGCAGUCAUGGGACAAUUCAAUUAUGCCGACUUUCCCAACAGCAUGACACAAAUCAUGAUGUGGAGCCAAAAAAUGAGAGAACGGUUCCAAACCACGAUUGCGGCAGCUCCACUCAGUGACGCCCAAGUGGCACAUCUCCAGUCCCACCGUGUGGAUGCCCUCCAAGCCAAGGAUUACAAAAUGAAAAAACGAGGUCAUUUGGGUUUCUACAAUCCCAUGAGUAACUUGAUGAGGACGCUUUUACGAUUUUCGAAUUCUUCGACGAUUGAGGCUGUCCUCUAUGCCCACGACGAUGCGUUACUGAAUGUUACCGAACUAUCCGAAGGAAAGUAUCCUUUCCCGACCGACAAGGUUAUCGCCAAUCGAAAACGGGGGGAGCAUGACAAUGCCGAAUAUGUGAAUCUACGAAGCACACCCGACCGAGAAGUCGCAAGGAAAUCUUCCCAUCGCGUGUUCCCAAAUGGUACCAUAACGGAUGCCGACAAGACCAUUUUUGUGAGUUCCUCCAAGGAGCUGAUGGAGAAAGUCCCAGAUCUGCAUGGCAAUUGGAAUGAAUGGCUACACAGUUAUUGUGCGCCGGGGCAACAGCAAAUGGCCAUGGACCCAGAAUUUGCCAAAUAUCUGGAACCGGAUGGUUCGGCAUGGUUUCCGUUACACACGCAAUCCGAUUUUCUCAUGGUGCCCACCAAAUAUGCUGGAGAGUUUGCGCAAGCUGCCAAUCUACACUUGAAACACAACAUUUGGAUCGAAUGUGCCCAUGCGAAGAUUGUGGAUAUUCUUCGUGAGAAGUCGAAAGCACCGGUUCGACUGGUGAGGCUUUGCACUGGGUUUGGGGCAUCGCGGGGAAGUUGGAAAUCGCUUGAGACUUGUAAGUCUGAGAAUGUCGCAGUCUUUCACCCAUUCAAAAUUGGAGAUCGAUUUGACGAAUUUUGGCUGGGCGCCGACGCCAUCAAUUUCCCCUUUGAGAAACUGGAUAAAGCGAUGCAAGCUGUGUACGAGCCCGAGAGUAAAGGCAAAGCAGCAAACAACGGAAAGGCCAAGACGGGCUAA